AUGACGAGUCUGCUUGUCCGACAACUUUGGUCAGGUCUAACAGCUUCAUCGUUCCUUCGUCCAACAAUUCAGAUUCAACCAGCAAUACGGACGAAGAUGGCAAGACGAAUUCAACGGAAUCGAAUACCAACACAUUCAAAACCAAGUAAUACGUGGAUGCAAAAGAAAGCGGUAUCACGAACUGCUGAGGCUGAACCUGUUUAUGAUGAUGAAUUUGCGAAAAGAAAACCAAUCGAUAAAGUUUGGCUAGUAAAGGAGUAUCCAGUUCAAUCAUGGCCACUGGACACAGUUUUAAAUUGGCAUCGAGAAAUGGUCCAACCAAAAAUACUCAAUUCACUGGAUUCAUUUGUAUGGGCACGAUUAAAAUUGGAUAUGACAACUUCGAAAAAGACAAAAUUUCUUGAAAGUAUCAAAGGUCUAGUAACAUUUCCUCAUUACUUUGAAGAUCGACCGCGUAAAAAUGUUGUUCUCUUUUGUCGACUCCCUGAGCACAUGAAAGCAGCUGAAAAACAUGGUGCUUACAUGUUUGGUUACAGCGAUGUCAUUAAACAAUUUGAACGCGGUGAUGUAACUGAUACCAAUUAUGAAUAUGUUCUAUGUGCACCAGAUGUCUAUGCAGAUAUUCUACAUUUACGGAAAAAAAUCUCAAAAGAUAAAUUUCCUAAUCCUCAAUUCGGUAGUCUUCAUCCCAAUGUUGAUAAAAUGUUAGAGAAAUUCAUUCGUGGAAAGGAAUAUCAAUCAGCUAAAUAUGAAGAAGCUCGUGGAAUCGUCGAACUUCGGUUUGGCAUUAUCAAUAUGUCCAAUCAACAAUUAGAAGAGAAUUUUAAAGCUCUCCUCGAACAGUUGUGUACACAUUCUCAAACCAAAGCUGGUCCAUUCGUUCUAGGAAGUUCUGUGUAUUGUCCACCAUCAACAGAAGAAUUUCGAGUAGACGUUGCGCCAUACCUUCCUGAAGAAGAAGAUGUACUUGAUAAGAAAGAAUCUGCUAAACAAGUUGUGGACGAUCUAAUCAAAAAAUCCGCACCCGAUGUUGGAGAUGAGUUACUUAAAUCUUUAGCAAAGAAAUAA